UGAAGCAAAGCCCAAAUUUUAAUUAGGUAUUCACCCGCAAAACAACGCAGCGCCUCCCUCAUCUCACUUCCGCCUUUCGCCUUUCGCCUUUCUCCUUUCUCCUUUCUCCCUUCUCGCCGAUCGCCGGUGCUCUCUCUCGGCCGCUCGCUGGUACUCUCUCUCUCUCUCUCUCUACGUCUCUUGAGCUUUGGUAUGUUUCAAUUAGUCUUUUUCCAUCCUCCCUUCCCUUCCCUUCCCUUUUUCAACGGUCACUCGUGGUGCCAACCCCCUGCUAUCCCUCUCUCUCUCUCUCUAUAUAUAUAUAUAUAUAGAUAUAAUACAAUACUGGUGAGUACAUAUAUUCGAACCAAAUCCGAACGAUUGUUAGUCUGAAAGAUGAGAAAGAAGCCGAGAACGAACCUCGACAUUGCGGUUGUUGAUGUUUGGCAACGAGAGUGAGAUGGGGGCCAAAGCAAAGAAAGUGGUGAUGAAGAAAUUAAAAAAAAGUUCAUCCCAAAAAUCUGCUGCAGGUGUCAAAGAUGGAUCUGCUGAUUUUUUGCCAUUAGAGGGCGGUCCUGGCCAUAAGCUUCCCAAAAGUGAAACACUGGAAAAUAAAGCUACAGUGCUCUAUAUUGGUCGAAUUCCACACGGGUUUUAUGAGCAUGAAAUGGAAGACAGGAAAAUCGAAGCACUUUGGCUUCAUUGAAUUUGAGUCUCCUGAGGUUGCAAAAAUUGUAUCUGAAUGUAUGCACAAUUAUCUUAUGUUUGAGCACAUGUUGCAAGUCCACCUUAUUCCUCCUGAGCGUAUUCAUCCAAAAUUGUGGAAAGGCGCUAGCCGAUGGCACAAGCCAUUGGACUGGGUUCAAAUUGAAAGGAAGCGACAGAACAAGGAAAGAACAUUGGAAGAGCACAAGAAGUUGGUGGGAGAAAUCCUAAAACGUGACCAAAAAAAGCGAAAGAAGAUUGAAACUACUGGUAUUGAUUAUGAGUGCCCUGAAAUUGUGGGAAGCAACCAGCCUGCUUCGAAGAAGAUUAGGUUCGAGGAAGACUAAAUCUAUCGGGGUGGACAAAAAGUAUGUCGUGUUUCUUUACUCAAUGUUUCCAGUUCGUAGUUGCAGUUUUGCUUACAAAUCCAUAAGAAUAUUAAUUUUCUUUCCUUUUCCCUUCCAAGUUUAUGAUGAUGAACAUGGGAUAGGAAAAAAAUGCACAAGUAACUGUGUUAGGUUCAGAAGUUUUGUAUUUGCACUGGUUAUGCAGGAAUUUGAUGGCUUUUUUGGAUCUCCAAAUGCCGUGCACCAGUUCGAAGCUGAUAUCAACGGCCUGCCUAUUUUAUUUUUAUUUUUGCUGUCUAAUGUUUUGGUUGUACUAACAAUCCUCAUCAAUUUUGUUGCAAGGAGAAUGGAAGUCGUUGAUGUUAAAAUUUUAGUUUGUUGACGUUCACCAAGGGGUCAGCAGCUUUUUGAUGACUGUUGAAACUUGUGUCUGUGAAAAUCUGUAUAUCCUCGUCUCUCUUUUUGUCCCUGCCCUUCCUCCUCUGCUCCUCUAUUGAACCUUGUCUAAUGCUCUGCUUUGAGUGGUGACAUCAAUGUUCAUAUAAGCAUUCAAUCGUC